CAGAGUCUCACUCUGGCUUGCACCUGCACUUCUGCCGAGCGUGUCUGUGAGGUCUGGAGCGAGCAGCAAGGAUAGCCUUGGUGCUGGUCUCAUGCUCUGGGAGCUGCUGACAGCCGCUCUCGGUGCUCAUCCCCAGAGCCACUGAAGUUUCUUCCCCGCCCUGCCUGGCUCAGGCAGCCGGGGCAUCCAAGGAGGCCGCGGCAGCAAAGGGAACCGCGUGACCCCUGCUGUUGCAGCAGCGGUGUGAGGAGCAGCCCCUCAUCCCCUGCGCUCUCCUGCCCACCACAGCAGCUGGAGAGCAUGGCCACCGAGCUGGAUCGCCGCUGCCCCAUUUGCCUGGACUCCAUGGAUGAUGCCAGCCACGUCAUGCCAUGCCUGCACCAGUUCUGCUUUGGCUGCAUCCGUCGGUGGAUUGAGACCAGGCCCAAGUGCCCCCUGUGCAAGCGCAGGGUGAGGUCCAUCUUGCACUUGGUGCGUGCGGACGACAGCUUUGAAGAGUUUGUCGUCGGACGGCACGAGCGGGCCAGGAGAGCUCCCCAGCACCAAAUGCAGGCGGUGCCCAUCCGGGUACCCAUCUUCUGCCUGCACCCAUGUGUGCUCGAGCCCCUGCUGCCCUGGCUGCGACGGGAGCUGAGGCAGCUCUUUGGGGCUGAUGGCAGGGCAGCCUUCCUAACACAUCGCCUGGUCAUCUCUGGCCUGUGCUUAUUUGGCCUGGACGAGGGAGCACUGACCCUGCGGCUGUCCAGCUCCCUGCAAAGCCAGGCCACCAGCUUUGUGUGGCGGCUCAUUGUCCAAGCUGCACGGCUGGGCAUCGGGGAGGUGCAACACCCGCUGGGCCUGGGGCCCCUCCAUGCUGCCACGGGGCAGGGGGGCAGGCCUGCAGCUGCCCCCCCAGAACAAAUUCCCCACCCCAGCCCACGGCCCUCCAGCAGCACUGGGGAAGGCAGCAUGGUGGAGCUUCCUGUCCCCUCCACCGCUGCCCGUAGGGAGGCUCCCGGACAGCCCCCAUCCAUCCCAGCUCCGGUGCUGUCAGUCCAAGGAGCAGCCCAGGAGGAGCCAGGGGAGGCUGUGCCAGGUCCCUCAACUGCCAGCACCGUCAGGCAGCACUCACACAGGGCGCCUCAGCGAGCCCCAAAGAGAAGGGCCCACACCUCGGAGGCCGCUACACCCCUGCCAAGAGGCCACCCCACCAGCAACACUAGGACACCACCCCAGCAGCUGGCAAGAAGAGGGCCGGGCCUGCAGCUGGGGCACAGCCAGCCCCCCGGGGCUCUAACUCUGUCAGACGGAGGAAAGCAAUACAAUUACAGAAAAGUCUCCGUGUUGCUAUCAAUGCCUUUGUCAGCACUGUGCAUGGGGGAGGUCUGA